ACGCCCGCCGUGCUGCUGCCACCUGUGGAGUGCCGCGCGCCGAACGGUCCUGGACGCGUCGCCACCGGCGCACGCAGAACGGUCCUGCGUCGCCGCCGUUCAGCAGAGUGAUCCGGCCCACCACCGUCGCGCGCGCCGCGCUACUUUUAGUGCUGGGCAACCGAGCGGCGUGGGCAGUGGCGAAGCGGCGGCGCUAGAAAGUGAGCGUGAACUACGCAUCGGCCGGCAGGUCGGCACGCGGGCGGCCGGCGGACGGGGGUUCGGGGCCGUGUGACCUCCGGGAGGUUCCAGUGACGCGCGGCCGGCGGCCGGCCUGCCGAGCGCCCCCUGUCGUCAGCCAGUUCGGCGCCGCGAGCACCCGACAGCACACGCGGAGACCGACGCACGGCGACCAUGCCGAAGAAGCGCUACAACCCGUACGCGGUGGCGUCGACGGAGACGCAGCUGGAGCGGCUGGUGGACGACGAGGCGCCGCAUGACGCCGCCACCGCCAACCCGUACCUGGUGACGGGCCACGCGCUCUACAGCCUCGGGCAGACGUACGACCCGUACCGCGUCAAGCCGCUGAAGCCGUUCGACAUCGAGGAGGCGAGCGAGAGCACCGCCCAGGAGGAGGUAUGCUCCUGCCGCUGGAUCGACCGCGGCGACAUCGUCGACGAGGCCGACUAUCUGUACCAGCUGGGCAAGCAAGACGUCCGUCCAAUGAACGAGCGCGGCACGGGACUGCGCUCCCGGGGAGAGGUGCAGGACUUCGAUAAGCUACGCGCCCAGUGUCAACGCAGCGGUCGCCUCUUCGAGGAUCCCGAGUUUCCUGCCUCCGACUGCUCCAUCUUCUUCUCCCGCACGCCGCCGCGGCCGUUCCAGUGGAAGCGGCCCCACGAGAUCAGCGACAGUCCCCUCUUCAUCUCCAGCGGCGCCUCUCGCUUCGACGUCCUUCAGGGAGAGCUGGGCGACUGCUGGCUUCUGGCAGCUGUGGCCAACAUCACUCUUAACAAGGACCUGUUCGCCCAAGUGGUCCCCGACGGCCAGGAGAUCGACGAUGACUACGCCGGCAUCUUUCACUUCCGGUUCUGGCAGUACGGCCGCUGGGUGGACGUGGUAAUCGACGACCGACUGCCCACCUACCACGGACAGCUGGCCUUCAUGCAUUCGGCCGACAACCACGAGUUCUGGUCCGCCCUGCUUGAGAAGGCCUACGCCAAACUGCACGGCUCUUACGAGGCGCUGAAGGGCGGCACCACGUGCGAGGCGAUGGAGGACUUCAGCGGAGGCGUCACCGAGAUGUACGACAUCGACAAGGCGCCCGACAACCUGUUCCAGGUCAUGCUGAAGGCCAACGAGAGGAAGUCGCUCAUGAGCUGCUCCAUAGAGCCCGACCCGUACGUGGCGGAGGCGGAGAUGCCGAACGGCCUGAUCAAAGGCCACGCUUACUCGGUCACCAAGGCGUGCAUGGCCGACAUUGAGACGCCCCGCGUCCACGGCAAGAUCCCGAUGGUGCGCGUGCGCAACCCCUGGGGCAACGAGGCCGAGUGGAAGGGCGCCUUCUCCGACUCGUCCUCCGAGUGGAACUACAUCCCCGAGGCGACGCGCCAGGAGCUGGGACUGACGUUCGACGCCGACGGAGAGUUCUGGAUGACCUUCAAGGACUUCACCAGGAACUUCCAGCGCCUGGAGAUAUGUAACCUGAGCCCGGACAGUCUGGAUGAUGACGACGACAGCUUGCUAGCCAAGCGCUGGGAGAUGUCCGUGUUCGAGGGAGCAUGGGUGCGGGGCGCCACCGCCGGCGGCUGCAGGAACUACAUCAACACCUUCGCCCACAACCCGCAGUACACGGUUCAUCUGGACGACGUAGACGAGGAUGACGAGGAGCAAAAGUGCACCAUGAUCGUGGCUGUGAUGCAGAAGAACAGGCGCGCCCAAAGGCGGCUGGGUCUGGACUGCCUCACCAUCGGGUUCUCCAUCUAUCACCUCGCAGAUCCUGACAGCGCGCCAAAGCCGCUCGACGUCAACUUCUUCCGGUACAACACGUCCGUGGCGCGCGCGCCGAGCUUCAUCAACCUGCGUGAGGUGUCGUGCCGCUUCAAGCUUCCGCCGGGCACCUACUGCAUCAUCCCCAGCACGUUCGAGCCCAACGAGGAGGGCGAGUUCCUCAUCCGCAUCUUCUCCGAGAAGACGAACAACAUGGAGGAGAAUGACGAGGAGGUCGGCCCAGGACGGGUCGACGAGUCGAUAAUCGAAGACUCGGUGGUUCGCACUCACGUGAUCAAGCCGGAGCUGGCCAAGGAGUCCGAAUACGACAAGAUGGUGCGUCAGUUCUUCAACCAGAUCGCUGGUGACAACCUGGAGGUGGACUGGCAGGAGCUGAAGCAGGUGCUUGACUACGCACUGAAGAAGGAGUUCACGUUCGAGGGCUUCAGCAAGGACACGGUGCGCUCCAUGAUCGCGCUGCUGGACGUGGACAACUCAGGCCAGCUUGGUCUGGAAGAGUUCAAGUCGCUCUGGAGCAGCAUCCGGCUGUGGAAGUCAGUGUUCAGGAGGCACGACCGCUCCGGCAGCUGCUUCCUCAACGGCUUCGAGCUGCGGUCCGCUCUUAACGAGUCCGGCUACCGCGUCAACAACAACCUGCUCAACUCACUGAUGCACAGAUACGGCGAUAAGGAAGGACGGGUAGCCUUCGACGACUUCAUGGCAUGUGCUGUAAAGAUGAAGACGUGCAUUGAGAUAUUCAGGGACAAAGACCCAAGCAGCACUAACAAGGCUACGUUCAGCUUGGAAGACUGGCUGAAUCACAGCAUGUACUCGUAAGCCGGCGCCUGGUGACCGUCGCUGGGAGCCAAGAAACGGUCGCUGGGAACCGAGGAAUGGACGCUGGGAGCCGAGGAACAGUCGCUGGGAGCCGAGGAAUGGACGCUGGGAGCCGAGGAACAGUCGCUGGGAGCCGAGGAACGGUCGCUGGGAGCCGAGGAACGGUCGCUGGGAGCCGUGGAACGGUCGCUGGGAGCCGAGGAAUGGACGCUGGUGUCGCCGACCACCAGUCGCGUCCUCACCAGCGCGCGUAUCGGGACCGCGCCACCAGCUUACUGCCGGACGCGUCAGGUUGUGUGUCUGUUCACACGACGCCUGUGCGCGACAAGCGGAUGCUGCUUGAGGCUUGUUGAGCGAGCGGGCGGGCUGCUCUGCCUGCGGGAAGCGCGUGAUGGCGCACGUGGCUGCACUGUGUUUUGGAAGGUAUCCAUCGUGUGCCUGGCGUUUCUGAUGCGAUAUGUACUUCGUAAUUAAAGCCUUCCCUGGUCUUCAUAAAUUCCGAAAGAUUUAUGCUCUUGGUCAAACGCUGUGACAUGUGUGAGGAUACCGUGAUCAUCCUGUUUUUCUUACUCACUCUAUUUUUAAGAGCAUGAGGGCCCGCGGCCACACGCGAUGAGACUAUGACUCCAGGAACUUCGUGCCUGUCUGUAUAUAUGCAAUGCUUGAAAAGGCAAAUGUUACCGUGCCUUCGGAAACGACUGCGUUAUCUCCUGGCCCAGGCACCCACACCCUAUAAUUUGCAGUUCAGGGGCAUACGAACCAGUUUCUUGCCCGUCGUGAUUGGAAACGUCCUAGUCAAAGACUAACGCGAGGCUGCAAAUGCGAAAAAGCAAAUACUGAGAUGAUGUGUUAAAUUAUCUUGCAGGCCCAGUCGUCGGCUGUUAAAGAUGCUAUUACUUAUAGCUGUUCAUGAAGGCAACGAGUGUCGGGAUCAGAGAUCAGCGGUCCAUAACGCCUUGAUAAUAGCCUGCUCUCCAUUUCUGCAGCGAAAUAAUAGCGUUAGCCUGUUGACAUUACAUGGCGCGCGGAUUGAAAAGGAGACUCGGACCCGGACACGCAGUGAGCUCUCAUUUCCUGCGCCAUGCUCGAGCACAGCCACGCUUGAUAUCGCCACCUCCGCCGGUCAGUUUUCCUGGCGGGCAGGUGCCUGAUAGCGCCAGCGAUAGGAGCUGCCUUUGUCAUGCGCUCACAUGGAGAUGGUGAAAAGCGAGCGACAGGAGACACCCGCCGGAGAUGUUCCCGAAACAUCUGGUUCUGAGGCUCACAAAUGGACACGUGAACCACCUGACGUUCGUCGAGUCUGUUCUCGCUGAUCACGCGACAUCUCACUGUAUGUCUGGCAUGAGGCCGCGCCGCUGGACUACCGCGUAAUCUGCCUGCCAUGUGCCAAAUGUUUUGCUGCGUGCGGUGGCACCUCGCGUCUUAAUGCCACCGUUUAGAUGUAUCAGCUGGUGAGGAGCUUGGGAGAUGGGACGCUUGCUGCACAGAAGGCUUGCUACGGGUGCCAUGGCAGCGUCAGCCGAUCACUGGCGCUUCUGUUCUGUGCAAUCGUUUGUCCCUGUCUGGGUUAGAGUGCGCAGUCCUGCUAGGCUUGUCAGCUUGGAUGUAGAAUUGUGCGAUGGCGUGAACUGCAGACAUGUGAUCAUUAUAGUGAGCAGCUUCUUACUGUACGGACGAAUAAAUGGCAGUAGGCACUGCGACUCAUUGGCUCUCUUCCCUCCUCUCCCCAGCCUCGCUCCUUUCCUUCCUCUCUUCCUCUCUCACUCCCUCCCACUUUCUCUCAAAGCCGUCCUUUGUUAAGAAAUGCACGCCUGUGCGACCGUCAUCAGGUGCUUCAUGUCGGGACGAAACGACAGGGCUUUCUGUAUGUGGUGUUUAAUGCUUAACAGUGCGUUUGAAUGCCUUUAACGCGUUAAAUUCGAUCGCAUGUUCUUCCAUAUACUUACAUGUACUUAAGACUGGUGGCUUAUUGGUGUCCUUUCUGAAAAUAAAUUCGUUGUGAUCAUGUCGAAUGUCAGUUUCGAACAAUGGCCACAUUCAAAUAGUAAAACAAUCAUUUAACCUCUGUAGGAAAUGAAGCUUCUGAAAAAACCACAAACCUCGGCGAAAAGAAUACAUGGAAGCGUAAAUGCCAAACUCAACUAUAUCUACCCUUUCGUGUACCACAAACUGCGAGUUAGCUUCGUUGGCUCAACCAUACAAUUUAAAACAUUUCCUUUACUAGCGACCUGCGAAGCCAAAGAAAACGCUGCAGUAGUGGGAGACUGUGUUUGGUUGAUAUGCAUGAGCGGGCGAGGUGAGGCGGCGUUCGAACAUAUUCAUGUAGUCGAAAUGGGCCCAAUCAAACCCCAGUCCUUCUUGUUGUCUUGUUUGCGUG